GCCACGUGAAGGCGACACAACGCGGCAGAGAGAGAAGAGGCCGAAGGAUCCCUCACCACACCACCCAUCACAUACACUCGGGCGGCCAGGCUGUUGGCGCCAACCCGGACCCCGGCUCCAGCCCGACUCUCCUGCGCUCCCCGGUGACGCUCUGAUCGAACCCGCUGCUAACAAUCCCUCCUCUGAUCCGCCAUUGUGCCGUAUUUGGCUGCUGUGGAGCGACUAGCCUCGUUAGCACGGUCUGUACCGCGGGAGUCUGUGCGCUUUCUCCGCGCCUCGUCCCGAGACCCGAGUGUACGCAGCUAGGGGUAAAAAAAAAAAGCACGCCGCCGCAAAAUGGGGAGAAAGUCCAACAAGGCAAAGGAGAAGAAGGCCCGACGUCUGGAGGAGAGGGCUGCCAUGGACGCUGUGUGCGCCAAAGUGGACGCAGCUAAUAAGCUGGAGGACCCCCUGGCUGCUUUCCCUGCCUUCAAGACGUAUGACAGAAAUGGGCUCAACCUGCAGAUAGAGUGUCGGAGAGUGACCGCCCUGAACCCUUUGUCAGUGGAGUGGGCCUUCGAGCUGACCCGAGCCAACAUGCAGAAUCUAUAUGAGCAGAGCGAGUGGGGCUGGAAGGAGCGUGAGAAGCGUGAGGAGAUGAACGACGAGAGAGCGUGGUACCUGCUGGCCCGUGAUGCAGCAGAUUCUGCCCCCAUGGCCUUCUCACACUUCCGCUUCGAUGUGGAGUGUGGAGAUGAGGUGCUCUACUGUUAUGAGGUGCAGCUGGAGAGCAGAGUGCGGAGGAAAGGACUGGGCAAGUUCCUCAUCCAGAUCCUACAGCUCAUUGCAAACAGCACACAGAUGAAGAAGGUGAUGCUGACUGUUUUUAAACAUAACCUGGGAGCAUACCAGUUCUUCAGAGAAGCCCUCCAGUUUGAGAUCGAUGAGACGUCUCCCAGUAUGUCGGGCUGCUGUGCGGAUGACUGCUCCUAUGAGAUCCUAAGCCGGAGGACCAAACAUGGGGAGGCAUCGGCCGGGCACACCCACGGAGGUGGGCACUGCGGCGGCUGCUGUCACUGAGACUCUUCUAAUUGGCUCGUCUUAUGUCCUCCCGUGAGUGUGAGGAGUGCGCGCAGACAGCACUCUGGAGCAGCAGCCUUUGUUUCAUGACUUGGUUUAGUCUUUUCUUUUAUCCCAGUUAGCAUCUUUAGCUAGUGCUGCUCCUCUCCACCCUUUUCACCCAGGCAGUUUCAGAGAGCACUGGUACAGCUGGGACUGCAAGGCCCCACAUGGACAUCUGUCCUCAUCACUUUACAGAAGAAGCUCCAUGGAUGUGACUUUUAUCUUAUUUGUACAAAUACAUUUUGGGAGAUGGUAAUAAUGGUGUUAACCCUAGCAUUAUGUCUUAAGUUUGAUUUUCAAAUGCAUACAAUCAGAUGUUGAAUCUAAAAUCAGUACUGGACUGGUCACAUGACGCAGUGCCCGCGUGCCCUGUUUGACCCUGACACUGAGGCACACACAUAUACACAUGAAUUUAUUGAGAAAAUGGCUGUCAUCAGUUUGCUUCCAUUUGCAGCCUUCAUUUGAAAUAUGGUCAUUCCAUUGUAAACUUUUACUCUUAUGAUUCCACUUCCCUGGGAAUGCCUGCUCUGCUCUGCCCUGUACCCCCCUCUCCUCGCUUACUCUUCCCUCUCCAUUUUACACUUUUUGGCUCCUUUAUUUGGAUUGUAAGCGAGGUGUCACAGCACGUGCUAUUGUACCAAGCUUGUGUGUUUGUCCUAAGCCCAUUUUAAGAGUAAACCCAUGAGACAGAGUUUGGUACACAUUGACAGCACAUUAAUUACACACAAAACUCAUGGAGGUGGUGCGGCCACUCUCCAGUGCCCGUUCAUGACACUCUCAGGAUAAUGCUCCACUCUUAAACCUCAGCUGUUUUUGAGUUUAAAAGCCUUAUCUAUACACAAUCAAUUAGUUGUACACGGAAAUUGCCCAAUGCCUUUUUUUAACACGUGUCUGAGGUAAGACAGAAUUGUUGCUUUUAUUUGAACUCUUUAAAUGACCAAAUGGCUCCUGCAUUGUGUGUGUAUAGUGUUUUCGUUGUUGGCCUUGUUUUGGAGUCCAGCGCAUAAAUCCACAAAAGGGAUGUUUUGCCUUGUCAGUGUUUGAUUUGUUCAAAUAAAGGAAAGUUAUUUGACUUUUCAAA